AUGGCGCUUACCACCCAGGCAUUUGUCAUCGCUGGCGCCAAGUGGAUGCCACCAAUAUCAGGGCCGCAGUGCGACAAGUGCCACAACUGGCCCUUUAUCAUUAUCACAUCUGGAGCUGAAGAGCAGUUAACCCGUUUACAACAGCAUUUCGUGCUAUUAUCAAUCAAUCGAAGACGAUCGCAGAUCGAACGAAAGGAAAGACUUGCCAACGUCUUGCCGGGUAUCGGAAUCUGCAACCUGAUCAUAUGCAACGAUAAGCAUCCAGCCUGCCAUCCAGCCAGCAGCCAGCCGAGCAGCUACAAUAUAUUUGUAUAAUAAAUAGUGUGAGCGCUAUCGCCUGCACAGAUAUUUAUGAAGAGA